AUGAUGGCCCAAUUCAACGCGUUUCAAGCACAAGCGUCAAGAUCCAACACGAAUUUACUGCAAGAUUUGUCUAGUCACUUCUAUUUGCACCCUAGCGAAACCCCUGGAAUUUCACUCACGGAUGCUCCAUUAACCACCUCGAACUACCAUUCGUGGUCAAGGUCAGCGACACUUUCACUCAAUGCGAAGAACAAACUCCGAUUUAUCGACGGAACCCUAGUGAAGCCAGAGAGGGACGACCCUUCCUUCGGAGCCUGGGAUCGCUGUAAUACAUUUGUUCUAUCUUGGCUACACAGAUCUCUCAGUCCAGAAAUUCUCCAGAGCGUCUUAUGGUGCAACAACGCUUACGAGCUAUGGAUGGACCUGAAGCAUAGAUUCGAUCAAGGGGACCUGUUCAGAAUUGCAAAUCUGGAAGAAGAAUUGUUUUCGUUGAGACAAGGUGAACUCACUAUCACUUCUUACUAUACUAAGUUGAAGAGUAUUUGGGAGGAAUUAGAUGAGUUUAGACCUAUUGCAUUGUGUUCUUGCCUUCAUAACUGUGAAUGUGGAAAGAAUCUUGAAAUGAUUAGAGAGCACAGAGAGCAGUCCCAUCUAAUUAGGUUCCUUCGAGGAUUGAAUGAUCAAUAUGCAAAUGUACGCUCCCAACUCAUGCUUGUAACACCCUUACCAACUGUAGCAGCAGCCUUCUCUUCACUUUUACAUCAAGAGAGACAAUUGAUGCACUCAAUAGAUCCUGAAGCAAGAAUGAUGGCAAAUACUGUCAAUACGAAUGCAUUUGAGACUUAUCAGAAUAAUGGAAAUAGUUCAAUUAGAGGAAGAGGUAGGGGCCGUGGGGGCAGAGGUAAAGGACAUGGCCGAGGAACACCAAAAUUAUGCUCUCACUGUGGCAAGACUGGUCACCUAGUAGACACUUGUUAUUACAAGCAUGGAUUCCCACCACACAUGCAAAGGAAUCAAUUCAAAGGGAAUACUGAUGGCCCAAGUGCCAUGAACUCAGUAAAUUCCAUAAAUGCUGCGAGUAAUGAAGAGGGCAGCAUUGAACCUUUAAUCCAGAAGGAUGAAAGAGUCAGUCUUGAUGGGUUGUUUUCGGAUAAGCAAAAAGAAGCCCUAUUUGCCUUGUUCCAACAACAAUGUAGUGACCCCCCAAAUAAUGGAAAUUUGGCAUCUGUACAUGCACCAUCCGCAGGAGCUAGUGCUCAUGUGUCAUUCUCACUCGAUUUCUUUCCAUCCGUUAAAACAAUAAAACCUGUUCAAGUCAUAAUGCCAAAUGGUUCUAAAGUUGUCACAACCAUUUGUGGGACAAUUUUCUUUUCAGCAAGUUUCUACUUGACUGAUGAGCGACUUACCUUGAAGACGAUUGGAGCUGCUGAUCAAAAAGGGGGAUUGUAUACAAUGCGGAUCAAACCUGUUUUGGCAGCAGCACCGAAACUGAUGCAUACAAUAAAGGGUGAUGUAGCUAAAUCUGUGCCUCUUGUACACACACACACAAUAUCAUUCAUACAUUAG